GAGUCAGCCAGCCCUGCAGAGCUGCACCUUCAACCCGCCUAGAAAGGAUCUAUUCCCCGCCCAGUCCCUCUGACAACAGGACACAGAAGCUGGGUUUUUGGGAGCUGGUGCAGUAAAGGGAACUUGGCUCUGUGGGUCUCCUCCCCUCUGGCAACUCUCCUCCCAAUCGCUUUCAGCUUCGCUGGCUUAGGAGGAAAUUUUGUCCUCUCUCUUCCUGGUUUAUCAGAGCCUGGCAAAAAAGAAAACUCCCCCACACCCUGGCUGGUAAGGAAGCAAGCAAAGAUUGAGAGGAGGAUCCCAGGCCGGAGGGGGGCCAGGUGUGGCUGGGAAAGAUGGGGACAGCUGAGGAGAAUUAUAACUUUGUCUUUAAGGUGGUUCUGAUUGGAGAGUCUGGUGUGGGGAAGACCAAUCUGCUCUCACGCUUCACCCGUAACGAAUUCAACCAUGACAGCCGCACCACCAUCGGCGUGGAAUUCUCCACCCGCACCGUCAUGGUGGGCAACGCCAUGGUGAAGGCACAGAUCUGGGACACAGCCGGGCUGGAACGCUACCGUGCCAUCACCUCAGCCUAUUACAGGGGAGCAGUGGGUGCCCUCCUGGUUUUCGAUAUCACCAAGCACCAGACCUACGACGUGGUGGAACGCUGGCUGAAGGAACUGUAUGACCAUGCCGAAGCCACCAUCAUCGUCAUGCUAGUGGGCAACAAGACGGACUUAGCCCAGGCCCGGGAGGUGCCAAUGGAGGAGGCCAAGAUGUUUGCAGAAAACAACGGGCUGCUGUUCAUCGAGACAUCUGCACUGGAUUCCACCAACGUCGAGCAGGCCUUCGAGACCAUCCUGCGAGACAUUUUCAACAAAGUGCAGCAGCAGCAGAGAAGCCCGCAGGACAACGCGGUGUCGCUCUCCAGCGAGAACCCCCUCGGCGCAUCCCAGGGCCUGGAGGAGAAGCGAUCGUGCUGCGUGAACCUCUGAGAGGAGGGCAGGAGCUGGACUGCGGAGGCAUGAGCCCCUCCAUCCACUGUGCUUUCUGACCAGAGGGAACGUCCCUCCCCUCUCAAACCUCCCAGGAACUGCACCAAGCCAGGAAGGGGCAGGGUGACGGAAGCAUGUCAGCCCCGCUCUCAGGCACCCUUCACAAGCCAUUACCCACCCCCAUCCUGCAGGCAGCGGCUCCCCCAGAGCUCUGCUCCCUGGAAUCUGCCAAACCAUAAUAGGGGGAAUAUGGGGGUGCUGGCUGGCCAACUCUCACCCCAGCAGAGGGGGAGUCAGCCAUAGGAACACACCCAUCUGUCUUAGUUAUCAAGCAUCUGAGCCCCUUUUUAAUGUAUUUAUCCUCCUAAUCCUCUCUGAGCUAGGGCAGAGCUAUUAUCCCCAGUGCAGAUGGGGAAACUGAGGCACGGAGAGACUAGGUAACACAGGGUUACAAAGGGUGUCUGUGGCAGAGCCAGGAACUGAACCUUUCUCCCAAGUUUCAGGCUAGCACCCUAACCACUGGGCAGUCCUUCCUCACUUCUUGCAACUAGGGCUUCCAAGGGAGGAACUUCAGUAGUAUCAGUGUAGCGCUCUGAUCUGGCCACUGGCUCCAGACAUGCUCAGAAUCUGGCCUCCAUGCCCCUCAGCUCCGCAGGUCUCAUGCCAGCAUCACACAGCUGCAUCUCAGGUCAGAAUCUGUCCCUCCCUGUCAAAGUCAGUGGAGGGUACCGCCACGGGACUCCAAUUUCAGGAUCAGAGACGCAAUUUGCACCCUGCUGGUUUAUACAACCUGGCCGUGCUUCUAAUGGCAGGCAUACAGCCCUGCGGUCCGAGCACCCCUGGGGUACCAAAUCGCACUGACCAGACAGCUAUGGCGGUGCCCUAUACACAAUGGCAAUCCAGGCAUGGAUAGAGAGAAAGCCCAUCUCUCUAGCUCUAGGGGUGAGUUGCCAAAUUAUUGAUCCCUUGUGCAGCAGCCUUGCUUUGAGGUCUGAGAUCUCAGAGAUGAGAGGGUGAGAUGUGGGGAGGAACGGUUCCUCUGUUAAAACAACUCAAGCGAAGGGCUUGGUCUCCAGACCUGCAUAGCUGUAAAUGUGACUACCUCACAAAAAUCAGACCAUCCGUCAACACACACUGUCCAGGGGCCCAGUCCUUAGUAGCCCAAUGCCCCUUGAUGUCACAAGGGUUUUCUCCAUGGAACUCAGGGGCAUUGGAUCCAGUUAGAGAGGGGGAAGGAAGAGGAGGCAUCUCGCUCUCGUGCACGGUUCAGUGUCUGUGCUCUUUAUGGAACCCGGGCUGGAUUUUGCUCUCUGGGCAACCUUGGGAAGCUAGAGUCAUGCGCUGAGGUCCGUGGCACAAAGCCAUGCACGUCAGCCUCCGCAUCAAACUUUGCUGAAGUCAACGGGCCGGUAAUGGGGCAGCACUCACCUCCCGCGAGUGCCCCUGUCUGGCCAAGAGGGCGUGGGCCUGCACUCCCUCAGUUUAUUAGCCUUUUCGGCUACUCAGUCCUCCGGCCAAGUCACACACCCAGCGUGCAGAUCACCAACCCCUUCCAAGGAAUACAUUUAUCGGGGCCCUUCUCAGUGGCCUCUGUUAGCCUAUGUCUACACUCGCAGCUUCUUGCAGCAGAAAUAUGCAAAUGAGGCUAAACAUGGAAUAUCGCUGAGCCUUAUUUGCAGGGCUUGACAAACUAUAGAAUCUACUCGCCCGUGGCGAGUAGAUUUCAGCCGCGCCCUGUUUAUCAGCGGCGCGCGCAUGCGCAAGGCAGCUCUUGCGCAGUGCAGGCAAGCAGCUUUCGUCACCGUUUGUCAAGCCCUGCUCAUUUGCAUGGCUAAUGAGCUGCCAGUUUUGCAGAAGAGGCUCUUGCACCAGAAGGAGCUGUCUACACUGCCC